CUAGCCGAAUUCUCAAAACAGCACUACUGUGGCAGGAACUCGGCGCCGAACUCCAACGUCAUUUCCUUAAAUUGUUAAUCGUCAUCAAGGCGCGCCGGACCUGCAGGCUGUUUGUGGUGUGCGCCGUAGGUAGUUGAACAUGGCUCCAUCACCUACUAAACGUAAGGAUCGGUCUGAGGAAAGGGCAAAGGAAAGAGCAAAGGAAAAGACUGCCCCCAAAGAGGGCGACAAGGAUAGAGGAAGAGAGAAAGGCCGCAAGCGGCGCAGUGCCUCCACUGGUAGCAGCAGCAGCAGGUCUCGUUCCAGCUCCACGUCCAGCACCAGCUCUGGCUCCAGCUCUGGCUCUUCCAGUGGUUCCAGUUCAUCGUCAGCCUCCAGUCACUCUGGCUCCUCGAGCUCCUCCCGUUCCUCCAGCUCGUCCAGCUCCUCUGGGUCGCCUAGCCCCAAUCGCCGGCGCCAUGACAACCGCCGCAGGUCACGCUCGCAAUCAAAGUCUCUGAGGAGAGCCAAUGAGAAGGAGCGAAAGAAGAGGACCCCAAGCCCGAGACCCACCAAGGUUCAUUUGGGCAGGCUGACGAGGAAUGUGACCAAGGAUCAUAUCCAAGAGAUCUUCGGAACCUACGGCAAGGUCAAAAUGGUUGACAUGCCAGUGGACAGACUUCACCCACACCUGUCCAAGGGAUAUGCCUAUGUGGAGUUUGAGACCGCUGACGAGGCAGAGAAGGCCCUGAAGCACAUGGAUGGAGGUCAAAUUGAUGGGCAGGAGAUCACUGCCACUGCAGUGCUGGCUCCCCGUGUUCGCCUUGGCCCGCGUCGGCCCUCGCCCCCGCGGAGGAUGCCCCCGCCGCCCCCAGUGUGGCGUCGCACCCCACCCCGCAUGAGGAGGAGGUCCAGGUCUCCACGGCGCCGGUCCCCUGUCCGGCGGCGCUCUCGCUCGCGGUCCGCUGGCCGCCGCCGCCACCGCUCCCGCUCCAGCUCCAACUCAUCGCGGUAGAGCUGCUUUUUUGAGUCCGGGUUGAGAGGAAGGCCUGCUGGUACAUAAGAAGGCCUGCUGGUACAUAGGCCCAUGCAGCAGAUUUUCAGGAGUCUCUGCAGAGGCUUACUGACUUGUGGCAGUGAUGUGAUUCCCCCAUUUAUAUACAGUUGGUCCGUAUGUCUCGCUGGACGUCUAGAAGUGGUGUAUUUUGAGCCUCCUGUGCAUCUGAGGUUUAUUGUAUAAACACCACGCCUCCCAUAUGGAAACAAUGUUUUACUAUGUUCUGGUUUUAUUGUAGUUUUACAGAAUAAAGGAUCACCUUUGUGUCUAA